AAGACGAUAUUAUAUAAGCCACAGGAAGAGAAUAUGCUAAAAGCAUAUAUAGACACACUUGGAUCCAAAUUCAUAGUCCAGUGAGGACAUGGCUGCAUCCGAUCAAACACUUGUUUGUGUGAAACAAGUGAAGCAAGAGUUAUCUAAUGAAUGGGAUGAGAGCAUGCCAUUACCGGGAGACAUCAUUGAAGGAUUCUCUACACACAAUAGCGAUGCCGAUGAAUCCUUUUUGCCUGUCAAAACCAGUUCAGAGUUCAGUUCUCAGCUUGGUAAGAUCAACCCACGUUUGGAGUCCAUAUGGAUAAAGGUUAGAAGGGGUGAUAGCUUGUUGAAACUGCAGACAUGUAUUGUCCAGCAGAAAGGCUAUGUUCUUAGAAGGAAAUAUACUAUUCAAGCCACAACAGAUCAUAGGCAUAUUGCAGAUUUAGGAGACUUAACAUUGGAGCAAUGCACUGAACUGCAAGUAAUGAGCAGCAGAGUAGUGCAAACGCAAGGCAAGGGACUCCACAUAGAUAGGAUAAAAUACGAUUGGAAGAUGAAAGUAGGCACCUAUCUACCUCACCAAAGCUCUUCAGUUGUAAGCUCCAUUCUAUUCACACCACUAGCCGGUGAGCACUGCAUCAAUACCACCACAGCUCGGUGCAUGGCUUGGUUUAGUGCAUCAAUUUCCUCAGGAGUACCUCUUGUUUUUGUCAAUAUCCAAACUGAACUGAUUCCACCAACAAUAGAAAAGACUAAUCUUUCAAACAUGCAACAAAAGCAUUACACUGCCCAAAUAAUUCAUGGUAUAAGGUUGUGGUUUCUACCUGGACUAGAAGAAAUUCCAAUAGAAUUGAUCCCUGAACCCAAUGAAGUUCGUUUUGGAAUGGAGAUUAAUCGAACAGAAGAGGGCUUUGUGUGCAUCUAUUCAGUGACGGGGGGUACGUCAGCAGAUCGUGGCGGGUUAAAAGAGCUCCAUGAAGAGGCAACUGCAAAUGGAUUCCUUCUUGUGAUUUCUCGAUUGGAAGGAAAGAGCAAAAUGCCAACGAGUGUUUGCUCUGAUGGUCUUAUACAUUGUUGUGAUCAUGCUGAAAUGAAAGACCUUCUCGUUUCUGCAAUAGACCAAUAUGAGAUUAUUCACCUCCAUGUCAUGGCAUGGCCAAACCAAACUCGUUCUUCUCCAACUCAAGUUGUUGGCUUUGCAGCUCUUUUACCCCCACAAAGAUCGUUUUCCACUCAUCACUAUGAUUAAAGGGUAAACACCGUAUAGUUAUAAAAUGACUUUAGUUGAAAUUAUAUGUGGUUAGAAUAUUCUGAUAUGAUGUCAUUCCCCUCCCAACAUGUUGUAUUAUAACAGGUUUCAAAAAUGAUUUGAUUUAGUAUGAAUAUUUCGUCGAGUAAUAUGUUUGUAUUGCUUAUAA